AUGAAAUCCCGCCAAACUAGCUCUAUUUUGACCCAUCGAUCUCGGCAUAAGCCUGUCGCAAACCUGGACUUUGAAGCUCGUGUCCCCGUCCCCUUCAGCGUCUUCCCAUCGACAUACCGCGAGGCGGAGACCCAAACCAACACAACCACCACAACCAGCACCACCCACGAGGAGGUCGCGUUCAUCCCCAAGGCCGGACGGGAAGGACAAUACUCUUCGACAUUUCACGAGUCUGGCAAGGAAGAAGUGCACUUCACCCGUGAAGAAGACUAUCGCCGCCGUCCCGGUAUCAAGCAGGAGCGACAACACUACCACACUCAGGAGGAGUUCCGACCUUCUCGACCCGACUUCGCCGAGACUCGUGUUGAGGUCGACCACCACAACCACUACUACGCCGCCAGCCCUGUUGACAUUGCUGAACGCGAGUACCGCUCUCGUGUCCAACCCUCCUUCGCCGUCGAGGGAGCUCACUACCGACCCGUCCAGCACACCACCACCACCCGUGUGGAAGAGUACACUGUAGAGCCUAGCAAGCCUAGCCGCGUCCACAGAGACACCGACUCCCGCUACACCAGCAAAGAAACCGUUGAGCCUCGCAAGUUCACCCGCCAAUCCAAAAUGGGCUACUACGACGAAGACGGUCACUACCACUCUUUCCGCCACGGCCUCCACAAGUUGGCUGACAAGAUUGUGCACCCAGAGUCCCGCCACCACCACCACCAUGUCGAGCGUGAGAGCCGCACGGAAAGCCGCGCCUCUCGUGCUCCCAGGGCGGAGGUUGGCGCCGCCACUGUGCCCAACACUGUCACCAUCCCCUGCCACCACAUCCGCAUUGGCGAUUUCCUCAUGCUCCAGGGCCGCCCCUGCCAGGUGAUCCGCAUCUCCACCUCGGCUGCUACUGGCCAGUACCGCUACCUCGGUGUUGAUCUCUUCACCAAGGCCCUCCAUGAGGAGAGCUCCUUCAUCUCUCACCCCGCUCCCAGCGUUGUCGUUCAGACCAUGCUCGGACCUGUCUUCAAGCAGUACCGAGUCCUCGACAUGCAGGAUGGUAACCUUGUUGCCAUGACCGAGACCGGUGAUGUCAAGCAGGACCUUCCCAUCAUUGACCAGUCCAACCUCUGGGACCGUCUCCAGUCCGCCUUCGACUCUGGCCGUGGCAGCGUCCGCGUGCUCGUCCUCAACGACGGUGGCCGUGAGCUCGGCGUUGACUUCAAGGUUGUCCACGGAUCCCGCCUUUAA